AUGAAUCAUUUAGAAAAACUAAAUGAUACUCUCAAUACAUCAUAUUUAUCAAGUAAUCAUAGAGUUAUAUUUUAUUUACAAAAUUCAACAACUAAUUCAUUCAAUAUUCUUUCAAAAGAUUCAUCAAAUGAUUUAUAUAAUAUAAAACAAAUUCCAUCAUAUAAUCGUACAAAUUCUUUAUCAGAAGAUGAUUUAUUAUCAAGAUCAGAUUUUAGUUCAACUUCAAGUUUAUCUGAUCAAAUAACAAGUUCAAAUACAUCAUUAUCAGAAGAACUUGAUUUUGAUUUUGGAUUUGAUCGAACAAGUGAUGAUGAUGAUGAUGAAGAAGAAACUCAAGAAAUUUCAGAUAAAAAUAAUGGUACAUUAAAUUUAUUCGGUAAAUCAAAAUUAAAAGCAUAUAUUGAUGAAUUAGAAAAAGUUCAUGAUCAAUCUUUAAAACAAUCUAUUUUACAUGAUUCAACAUAUACAUUACAUUCAGAAGAUCUUGUUACACCAUAUACAACAGAUAAUGAAGAAAUUGAAGAUGGAAUUGGUAUACGUUCAAAGUCAUUAAAUCUUGCACGAUCUAAAGCAAAAUCAAUUGUACUAAACAAACAACAAAAAAAAGUUGUUCGAUUUGCUGAUAAGUUGGGUCUUGAUUUAGAAACUAUUCGUUAUAUGACUCCACCAGAUCAUUCAACAAAUUCUUUUAUGUCAGAAUUUACUCAAUUACAUUCUAUUAAAAAUCAAAAUAAUUCAAUUCGAUCACCAUUUUCUCUAUCAUCUACACAUUUAAAUCAAUAUAAUCUUAUUUCAAAAAAUUUUACAUCACCAACAAAUAUAUUUCCAUUAAUAUAUGAAAAACAAGUAAUACUUGAAUGUUUAUAUACAAAAGAUUCAAUUGCAUAUGGAACAAUUCGUGUACAUAAUCUUAAUUAUAAUAAAAAUGUUUUUGUUCGUUUAACAUAUAAUGAAUGGAAAACAUUUAAUAAUAUUCAAGCAUAUUAUUUAACGAGUUAUUCAAAUAAUAAUACAGAUGUAUUUAUAUUUGAAAUAAAUUUAGCAAAAUUUAAUAAUAAUGAUGAUAAAACUAAACUAAAAAGAAUUUUAUUUGCUAUUUGUUUACAAACAAUGGGAAAAGAAUUUUGGGAUAAUAAUCAACAAUCAAAUUAUGUAUUGGACGUCAUAUUGAAAGAUGAUAGAUACAUCACAAAAUAA